CCUCAGUUUAUUCAGUUUUAUUAUAAUUAAUUUUUAUUUUUAAAAAAAUCCCUUGUUCCAAUUUCAUUUCCCCUAUUUUGCUUCUCGCCGUUCUUUUUUUGUUGUUUUGGUUUUAUAUUAUUUUUCCUCUAUGUCGAGGAGGGUUCUUCUUUUGCCUUCUGAUAAUUAUUUUCUUUUUCAUCUGCAACCAACGGCGCCAGGGUUUGCUUGAUCAACGUCACGGGUUCGAAUUCUCGGAGCUUUUCAAUCGUCAUAUGCUCACCUCCCUCACUUUCACGAGCUCACCGUGAAUACUAUGUGGACAGAAAUUUAGGCUUAAGAGAAUAGAAGAUAGAAAGGUCUACUAGGGUUCGAACACUAGACCUCAGCUGCGGACAGCGGUUUAAUGAGCUAAUCUGGGAUUGUUCUACGUUUGGAUCAGUAGAUCGUGAAAAUAGAGUGUGAAUACCGGUUGUUGCGAGGUUUUUAACCACGGAUUUCUGUGGUGUACCCGUUGCUGGGCUUCGCAAAGAUGUUUUGGCGCAUGGCUGGACUCUCCACCACAUCUCCGGUGGAAUCACUCUUGGAGAGAGAGCAUUUCACACUUGAGGAGCUGUUUGAUGAGGAGGAAAUUAUUCAAGAAUGCAAAUCUGUCAACAGUCGUCUUAUCAAUUUUCUUCGAGGCAGAACGCAGGUGCAACAGAUGCUGCGCUAUGUUGUAGAAGAGCCACCAGAAGAAGCAGAUAGUAGACGAACAUUCAAGUUUCCAUUUAUUGCUUGUGAAAUAUUUAGUUGUGAAAUUGAUGUUAUACUGAAGACACUUGCAGAGGACGAGGAGUUGAUGGACCUGCUCUUUUCCUUUUUGGAGCCUGACCGUGCUCACAGUGCAUUAUUAGCUGGCUAUUUCAGCAAGGUUGUAGUAUGCUUGAUGCUGCGAAAGACUGGUCCUCUUAUAGAAUAUGUACAAGCACACCAAGGUAUAUUUCGCAAGUUAGUGGACUUAAUUGGCAUCACGUCAAUAAUGGAGGUUUUGAUUCGAUUAGUUGGAGUAGAUGAUCAUAUGUUUACAAGUUACAUUGAUGCCAUGCAAUGGCUAGCUGAUACCGACUUGCUUGACUUGAUUGUAGACAAAUUGAGUUCACCUAGUCCUCCUGAGGUACACACCAAUGCUGCAGAGACACUCUGUGCUAUAACUCGCUCGGCACCUUCUGCUCUUGCUUCAAAGCUUUCGAGCCCAAGUUUUGUGGGAAGGCUUUUUCACCAUGCUUUAGAAGAUUCACAAUCAAAAUCUUCUCUGGUGUAUUCCUUGUCUGUUUGUAUCUCUGUGUUGGAUCCAAAGCGAUCAACAACUAUGGGAGGAGGGGUUGGUGGCCGAGGACACCAUGUCACAGAGUCAGUAUUGGCUGCAAAUCCUGAGACUGUGGAUGGCAUGCUGCAGAGGCUUGGUGAUUUAUUGAAGCUUUUGGAUGUAUCUUCCAGUGAAACUGUUUUACCCACUACAUAUGGCCGACUCCAGCCUCCUUUGGGAAAACAUCGCUUAAAGAUAGUUGAGUUCAUUGCUGUUCUACUAAGGACGGGUAGUGAAGUAGCUCAAGGGGAAUUAGUACGUUUGGGUGCUAUUCAAACAAUUAUAAAUCUUUUUUUUGAUUACACAUUUAACAAUGCACUUCACCAUCAAGUGGAGAGCAUCAUAAUUUCAUGUUUAGAGAGCAACAAUACAACACUUUUUAAGCACCUUCUCCAAGAUUGCGAUCUAGUUGGAAGAAUUUUGGCUGCAGAUGAAAAUCCAAUUGUUUCUUGUGAUGAAAACAAGCCAACUGUACCUGCUCCAGGAAGAGUCCCUCCAAAGACAGGUUAUAUCGGUCACUUGACACGAAUUGCAAACAAGCUUUGUCAUUUGGCAGCAAAUAAUAAUUUUUUACAGGCCUUUCUUCAGGAAAAUCAGAAGUGGAUGGAUUGGGAGACAACUGUUCUGUCAAGCCGCAAUUCAGUGGAGAAUGUCUAUCAGUGGGCCUGUGGGCGUCCAACAACAGUGCAUGAGCGGACUAUGGACAGUGAUGAAGAUGACUUCCGUGACAGAGAUUAUGAUGUGUCAACAAUGGCCAGUAACUUAAGUCAAGCAUUCCGUUAUGGUAUGUUUGACAAUGAAGACGGUGAAGAGGCCCAUGGGGUGAUUGACAGGGAUGAUGAGGAUGUAUUUUUUGAUGACGAGUCAGCUGAAAUGGUGGUUUCCUCUAUCAAGAUAGCAGAGGAACAGGACAGUGGGGGGUUGAGAGAAGCAAUGUUUACAAAUGCAAAUUGGUUUGCUUUUCAAGAUGAUAGGUCUACGGAAGAGUCUGUGGCAACAUCUCUUGUUUCUUCAUCCCCAAGGGUAGAUGAUAGCCAAGUAAAUAACAUAGGGACAUCAGCUAAUAGUGGUGGUAGUAGUAGUAGCGAUGAUGAGGUUGUGGUAGGAGAAGAUGAGGAUUUGGUUGAUACUGACACUUCUCAAAAUGCACGUGCUACACUCUUUGGUGCAGACUUUGGAAAUGGUACAACACCGAAUGGUGUAGACUUAGAAAUGAAGGGAAAGGAUUCCUUACAUCUACUUGAUGAUCUGUCCGUAGGAUUAGAGAAGGUUGGCAUAACUGAUAAUUUCCCCUUUAUUCAAUGUGAAGAAAGAACUGCAGAGAUAUUCGGUGUCAAGCCUCCUGAUUGGGUGGGAUGGAGGGAGACUGCAGAUUUUGAAGGCACUUCGGGUAGAAAUCCAUUCAGUGGAAGCAAUCCUUUCGACGCAGAUAUUGAACACUUAUUAAACACAGUUGAUGAUUCAAAAUCAGCUGUAGCUAACCAAAACACUGGUGUGGAAAUGGAUGGUAUAUCUGGCAAAGAUAUAAAUGUGGAAAGUUCUGUUUCAGGACUGCAAAGUGAGGUAGAAGCUGAUGGAUUGAAGAGUAAAAUGACAUCGUUGUUUGAAGAUAAUGUGGAAUUUGUUGGUGUAGAAAUGGAAGGAACUCAAAAGGCUAUGGAACAUGCUCUAAAGGAAGGUAUUGUGGGAGAGGCUGGACCAAUUAAAGGGGAAGCAAAUCGUCUACAGUCUGAAGUUGAUCCUAGAAUGAAUGAUGGAAAUGGCAAUUCUAUGUACAAUGAUACAAACUACUGGCGCAGUGAUUAUAACCCCACAGUGGCUCAUGAUGAUUCUUUGUAACUUAAAGGUGUCUGUCUGUAUUCUUGUACAUCUCAGUGAGAAUGAAAGGCAAAUUGUGUAAAGAGCAUGUAUUCUUUCGAAAGCCUAUUUCUAAACUUCAGCCAGAUUUGGCUGUACAAAGUGAGGUGCAACACUGCUCUUGUACCAAUCCACAUGAGUUUGUAUGUUUAGUUGGUCCGUUUAUUGUUUCUCCCCCUCAGGGGUGCUCCAGAUGACCUUUAUUUCUAUCAUUGCAUGAGUUUACUCA